GUUUCCGUGGCAACGCGCGCGCGGCCUCCAGAGAUUGGCAGCCGGGCGGCGCGGCGGCACUUUCAAGCCUUCUUUUGCUCUGCGGGACCGGAGCGCCAUGUCUCUGCGGAGGAGAAGCCGCUUCCCUGCCGGGACCGCCCGGAAACCACCCAAGGCCGGGCGGAGGAAGGCCCCGCCCAGGCAGGAGUGGGAUAGCACAAUCCAUGAUCUCACUGUACAUCGGGCAACUCCUGAGGACCUUGCAGUAAGACAUGAGAUGCACAAGUCAAAGAACAAAGCCCUUGUCCACUUAGAACUGCAAGAAAAAUCUUCAGAGAGCACACGGAACAAGCUUCGGCCAAGAGCUCCACAAUCUGUAGAGAAAAAGAAGCUGGCUUUGAUGAGAGCAAUUAUCUCUGAUCAGUACCAGUUUCAUGAUGUCUUGGAGGGAUCUGAUCAAGCCAUGGCUGUGGUGAAAGACCUGUUUGGAGAUGCUCCUCACUGGCAUUUAGGUUUUCCCAAUGUGACGGUAGCUCCUGAUCACGAUGUAGAAUCCUCAGAAGGUCCCAUCAUACAAAAGUGUGAUCUUCCCACACAGCUCUCCAUCCUUAGUGAGUCUGUCAUGGAUCCCCAGGCUCUCAAUGAAAAAGAAGAAUGUUCUUUUGUGUGCAACACAAAUAGUGAGGGCGAUGUGUAUUUGAACACAAGAUCCAAUAUUGACACAAAAAGGGCACUUAACCUUCUGAAAGAAGAUGACUCUGAAGCCAAUUGCCAGGAAGAGACUUCUAAGCAACAUAUUUCUACUGUCUCAACAGAGGAAGCAGAUAUACUUUUGACUCCAGCAGCAAGUUUUCAGUCACUGGAACAUACAGCCCUUAAUGCUACUCAUGAAGUCAAAAAAGUCCACUCAAGAUUUCAAAAUGAAGAACAGACUGCAGAUACCACAUGUACUAUACAACAAGUACUGAAUGCCAAAGUCAAGAAACAAAGGCAUACAUCAACAAAAGUGAAGAAAAAACAAACUGCACCGACUCCUACUGGACAAACAAGGAUUCAUUUGAAUGCUGCUUCUGUUAAUGGCCAGAAUUCUAGCUUAGAGUACCUGAACCAAAUUUUGCAUGAUAUGGAGCAUGGUAUUGAGGAAUAUGAGAGGUGGAUGGGACAUGAAAUCCAAUAUGUACACAGUCGUGAAGGGGUCUCUGGAUUUACUCCUUCUCUGGUGCAUGCCUUGAAUCGGAUAUUGCACUGUUUGAAAGAGACGGAGACAAAGGUACGCCAAGAAAUAAUUAAUAGGCAGCAACUUGAAAGGGAACUAAGUGAGCAUAGAGCCCUCAUUGAUGCUCUAACUGCUGAAAUCCUUUUGAUGAGAGAAGAAAACCUUGCUAUGCAGAGUAUGUUUCAGCAGAACCUUGCUGCACGAGAUGAACAGUUGCGCACUGGUGUGGCUCAAGCCACAGAUUCAGACAGCAUGGCAGACUGUGAAAAGACAAGGGAGUUUUCAGUCAGAGGUCCAGAGGCCACUAAAGCAGAGAACCCCAUCCCAAACUGUACUGGGGCAAAGGUGGAGGUGCCUGAUUGUUCCAGUAAAAGUGCAGUGCUGCUACAUCCUCCAGAUAAAACCUACCCAGCACCUUUGGUAUCAGCUUGUACGUUCCAGCCAGCAGUCAUGUUAUCUCCACCACUGCAGAUGAGCAGCAAGGCCUUGCCUCUUGUUCAGGGAGAAUAUUCUACAAAAGAGCAAAAUGAAGAGCAGAAGCCUUUUGCCGUACACCAGUCACCAGUGGAACAGGAGAAUAGCUGUCCUUUUGUCCAAAGAGCCGGUGGUCCUGUUGCAACCACAUCCUUGCAGAAUUCUCAUUGCUCAGAUGACCACCUACUAGUAGAAAACCUCUCUGCAGAAGUGGGACAAGAUUUGGGUGACUUUUUAGAGAGAAUCAGUCCUGGUGCACCCAUGGUGGAUACACAGAAUGAUGAUUUCCAGAAGCAAAUAGUUGAGCUCAUACUCCAGAAUUCCAUUAUUAAAUCUCAGCUGAACAAAUUCAGACAUUGCAGCCAGGAGACCAGCAGCAAUUUGCAACAACUAGACAGAAAGCAGGAUGGAUCUAUGGAAGAACAGGAAGAUAGCCAAGCCAUAAGCAGAGUGAAGGAAUUUCCAAGCAGUUUGGAUGAACGAAUAGCUGAGCUGAAUCGCCAGAGCGCAGAGGCACGUGGCAAACUGUUGUUGCUGACCAAUCAGCAGAGAUUAUCUAUUUCUGUGUCUCCACCAGUUUCACCAAUUCUAUCACCACUUGUUAACUUGACUGAAAAGGGAAGGAGGACAGUUGAGGUAUCUGUUCCAGUAUCAGAAACUCUGGAUAGUUCUAAAGAAGACAUACCUUUUCCUGCUAAUGGUGCCUAUACUAGGAGAGAAGCUUACAGCAAGGCAACUGUUACAGAAGACUCCAGAGAAAAUAGAAGAAAGCAGGAACCAGCAAAUCUAAAGACUUGUCUACCACAGAGUAUCUCACUGGGAAAUGUGCAGUUGAGAAACAACAAUUACAGGACAAAGACUGAAAAUCAAAAAGAAGAAGGCUGGUUUGCCUUGUCAACACACUUCAAGCAGUACCAAGUCUAGCCAUGUAGAUAUAAUUUUGUUUUUAAUGGGGUUUAUGGUGUUUACAUGAAGUUCUGGAGCUCUUUGUGCUAGAACUUUGAAAUUCCAGCCCUGCUAAUUGUGCUGUAUUCCUCUCACCUCAAAGGAGCACAGCUGGAACCCACUUUCAGGCAGGAUUCUUGCUCUCUUACAACCUCAGGGCUGUCAAAAGAGCUGUGCGUAACAGGCUCGUGUGCGGCAUCUCAUGCUCCCUUAGCUUUAAUUACACAAUUUGUAUUAAAGAAACAGGAGACUCACUCGUACGAGCUAUGUUCAGCUUCAUGUUCAUUGUGGCGUGUUUAAACAGUGCUCACACGGCAAGCUAUCCAUUUGAGUUGGCAUUUACUGGAUAUCUUUUAUUUGUAAUGUUUAGCACUGUAUUGUAAAAUUCUUUUGUAUGCCAUUGAAAUGGUUGGUUUAACAAAAACUUGACAAUGUUUUAGCUCCUAUUGCUGUCAUCAGACAAGUAUUUUUGAGAAAUAAAGCUAUUUUUCUCCUGUG